CAUGGUUGAAAGCCUAUAGCAGACAGUUCUCAAGAUGCCGAGAAACCUCUCACAUGUCUUAUGGUUUCUUUGUUCAUUUCUAGCAUCAGUGCUUAGCCAGGAAUCUGGAGAAUGCAGUUCAACUGAAACCUGCUACUCAGUCACUGCACCACAAUGUGAUGCUAUUAAGGCUGAUCUUCGAGCAGGAAAACUUACAAUUCCACAGUUGAAAAGGUGCUCUGGAGGCCGAACUACAAUAUGCUGUGAGGAUCCUGAAAAACAGAGCAAAGGAUGUCCAGCCGGCAAUACAUGUAUUCCUCUUCAACAAUGUCCAAUACUUCUUCAACAGGCUAGAGCUGGUCAAAUAACAAUCCCUCAGCUAAGAGAGCUAAGUUGCCCUGGACCCCGGAACAGUUUAUGCUGUCCUGGAUCGUCAUCUACUCUCGUUGAACGCAUAGAAACAGGUUCCCAAUCUGAUGUAUCAUCCCCUAGCUACCUUCCAAGCAUUGAAACACAGGACUGUGGAUUCAAAGCAGAUUUAAGCAAUAUUAUUGGAGGUGAAAAAACAAAACCAGGAGUGUAUUCUUUCCCUGUUCUUCUUGGAAAAUUUGAUGGAAGGGAGAUUUCUUACAAGUGUGGUGCUAGCUUGAUUAAUAGCUGGUAUGUGUUGACAGCAGGGCAUUGUUAUAACGCUGAUCCUUCCAAAACAAUGGACAAAGCAAAUGUCGGAGACUGGAAAGUAGAUACAGAUCCUGACUGUGUCGGACAAAGAGGAAGAGCGAAAUGUCUUGAAAAAGCGCAGAUUAUAGACAUUGAGAGAUGGAUUGUACAUGAAAUGUAUGCAUUUAAUCAGAGAGAGGGAACACUCAUUAAUGACAUUGCCCUCGUCAAACUGAAAACUCAAGUUAAAGGAAUUAAUGAGUAUGUGGAACCCGUUUGUCUACCAACAAGAUCAGCUUUGAAGAUAUUGGAUACAACGGAUUAUGACAACAGUAUUGAAGGAGUGCGAGCUCAUGCAGUUGGUUGGGGGCGAAGUGUACCAAAAGAAGAAUACUUCGGGCAAACAAAGAAUCUGGCGAUUAGAAACUCAGUGUCUACCAACGACCAGCUGUUUGUGGAUUUACCAAUCCUUACUCAAGCUGAUUGCCAAAAAUCAUGGGCUAAAGUAACAUAUCCAAAUCAGCUCUGUGCUGGAGGGGAGCAAGGAAAGGAUUCUUGUAAGGGUGAUUCAGGGGGUCCACUUGUAAUCAAUAGAUUUGAUAAGAGAAGAAAGAUACUGCUGGAUGAUACUGACAACAGCAAUUGGAUUCUGAUUGGUAUAACUAGCUUUGGAUCCAGUGAUUGCGGUAACGGGUUCCCUGGGGUAUACACAAGAGUUUCAGAGUACAUAGAUUGGAUUAAACAAAAGAUUGGAAAUUGAUUCAAAUACAUUACAUACAUAUAGUAUACAAUUAA